GUCCCGGAUGUCUCUGAGCUGAGGGUGAAAGAGAGGAAGGUGUUGGUAAGGGGGGGUGGUGAUUAAAAAGAAAGUGAGCAGGAAAUCCCAACCCUCCCCAGCAGCAGCAGCAGCAAGAGUAAUAUACCCCCCCCACACACACACACACAGAGAGAGAGGGGGGCAAAGGGACCGACAGGCGGCUGGGAGACCCAGCAAAUCCACUCCCACUCCCACACACACACACCUCCCCAGCCAGGCAAACCUCCUGGAGGCCCUUCCAGCCCCACAGCCUGCUCUCCCCUCACUCUGCAGCUUCCCAGAUGAGGCUGAAGGACUGAGCAAGGGGGGGUGGCUGUACCCCCAACCCCAACCCCAGUCAGGCCAUUCCUCUCGUCUCGAACCUCGGAAGAAGCUGGGAAGGGAUUCUCUCGUUCAUGAGGGAGAGGCUGUGCCCCUUCCUCCUUUUGCUGUUUCCCAGAAGGAACUCUAUUCCAACCAGAGUCCCCAUCCCCACCCCCCACCCCUCGCUCUUGUUCUUUCUGAGAUUGUGAAUGAUGGACUCUGACUCCAUUCUGCAUGACAAGAUAGUGGAAUACAUGAACGCAUCUGGACGCGAUGACCUUAAUGAUGCUGAACCCCCUAAGAAACUUGUUUUGGGAAAGAACACAUUUCAUCAGACAAAACUCAGCAAUGGGACCCCGAGUAUGAUUGCAGUGAAACAGCAUACACCUUCAAGCAGCUAUGAGAAACAGAAAGAACAGUGUGUGAAAUACUUUGACCAGUGGACAGAAACUGAUCAGGUGGAAUUUGUGGAGAACCUGAUUUCCCGAAUGUGUCACUAUCAGCACGGUCACAUCAAUUCUUACCUGAAACCCAUGCUGCAGAGGGACUUCAUCACUGUGCUCCCAGCCCGUGGCCUGGAUCACAUCGCGGAGAACAUCCUGUCAUUCCUGGAUGCCUGCUCCCUGUGUGCAGCCGAGCUGGUCUGUAAGGAAUGGUACCGGGUCAUCUCCGAUGGCAUGCUGUGGAAGAAGCUGAUGGAGCGGAUGGUGCGCACGGAUUCCCUCUGGAAGGGGCUGUCAGAGAGGAGGGGAUGGAUCCAGUAUCUAUUCAAAAACAAGCCCUCCGAUGGGAUCUCCCCUCCAGACUCCUUCUACAGAUCGCUCUAUCCCCAGAUUAUACAGGACAUUGAGACCAUUGAAUCCAACUGGAGGUGUGGUCACCAUGGAUUACAACGCAUCCACUGCCACAGUGAAACCAGCAAAGGUGUUUAUUGUUUACAGUACGAUGAUCAGAAAAUUAUCAGCGGUUUACGAGACAACACUAUCAAGAUAUGGGAGAAGAACACACUGGAAUGUAAGAAUGUUCUGACAGGGCAUACCGGCUCCGUACUGUGUCUGCAGUACGACGACAAAGUGAUUAUCACUGGCUCCUCAGACUCCACAGUCAGAGUGUGGGAUGUUGGUACGGGUGAGAUGUUAAACACACUGAUCCAUCACUGUGAGGCAGUGCUGCAUCUGCGUUUCACCAAUGGGAUGAUGGUCACCUGCUCCAAGGAUCGAUCCAUUGCCGUGUGGGAUAUGAGCACGUCCACGGACAUUACCUUACGCCGCGUCCUGGUUGGUCACAGGGCAGCUGUGAACGUUGUCGAUUUUGACGAUAAGUACAUUGUAUCUGCUUCAGGCGAUCGCACAAUCAAAGUGUGGAACACUGGCUCCUGUGAGUUUGUCCGAACACUGAAUGGCCAUAAGCGAGGGAUUGCCUGCCUGCAGUACAGGGACAGGCUGGUGGUCAGUGGAUCCUCUGAUAACACAAUCCGGUUGUGGGACAUUGAGUGUGGAGCGUGUCUGCGAGUUCUUGAGGGUCAUGAGGAACUCGUACGGUGUAUUCGUUUUGACAACAAGCGAAUAGUUAGUGGAGCCUAUGACGGGAAGAUAAAAGUCUGGGACCUAAUUGCUGCUUUAGACCCUCGCUCCCCAGCUGGCACACUCUGUCUGCGAACGUUGGUGGAGCAUUCCGGGAGAGUUUUUCGACUGCAGUUUGAUGAGUUCCAGAUUGUGAGUAGUUCACAUGACGACACCAUUUUGAUCUGGGAUUUUCUCAAUGUGCCCUUGGAACAAGGUGAUGGAACACAGUCAGCACCCCGCACAUACACCUAUGUUUCCAGAUAGGUGCAGCCUACCCGUCGUCAGAACUAUCACGGAUAUCCAACAUAAAGCUUUUAGGCACUUAAAAAAAAAGAAACAAAAUUGAUCCUGAGCCACAUAUUCAUAAAAAGCAGCAGUCAUUGUGAAGGGGACUGGUUUCUCAUGAUGUGGGCCAGCGAGCGGUGAGUGUCAGCUGAACAGAGACUCGGCGUCUACCCGAGCACGGAGAAUGAAUCCAACCCCAGCCAUCAUCACAUCCACGCCAGGAAGGUUCGACUGGAUCUCCACCUCAUAUCCAAGUAACAGCCACUCAACCCAGUUAGUUCCGUGCAUGUGUACGGACUGAUUUCUUGAAGAAUGUUCACAAUGAUGAAGAAAGUGAAAAGGGAACAGUCAGAAACGAUUGUAACGUUGCUGAGAGCUGGUGUCGAAGUGACCAAAUCUGGACUGUUGCAGUCACUGUGUUUCUGUCUCCUCCUUAGAAUCAGACUAGGUCCAAGCUCCCUGACAGUCGGCCCAGGUUUGAGGUGGGGAUUGCUCCCAGUGUCUCAGGAGGAAGCUGUUUGAAGGCGAGCCCUUUUUCCCGGGUAAUCCGACGGGGAGGUGCUGCCCUGGGAGAGAUUGAAACAAGUUUCUUCCAAGUUCAUGCCCCACCUUCGUUGCUGUUGGGAAGUGCAGUUUUACUCAGGUUGACCUGUGAUACCAUGGUCCCCCAGUCACUGGGACAUGAGGGGGAUAUCUGCACCUCCCCAAAGUGGGGCUUCCACACCGGAAUACCGGAGUGUGCUUCCUCAUGUCACUGUGCUAAGUCACUGAGAGACUGAUGGUCUCUCAUCUCCUGGAUGUUCACAGAGAAAUACUGGGCUCUGUGCAUGGGUCAUGAGAGGGACCAGUCACUGGGUACAUCAGCAUGACCAUAAGAACAUUGGGUGCCACCAACUCCACUUAUCCAUCUCAUCAACCCAGGCCAAGUUGGGACCGAAAAACAAUCAGAGAGCACGCACACACACUGGGGGAAAGAGAGACACACACACACACACAAACAGAGGCACACAUCUGAAAUUGGGACCAGUCUGAUGCACAUCUGCCCUGGUUCGACAUGGUCAGGCAUCACCCCAUGUCGAUCCUGUUGGGGCAUUGGGGGUUGAUUUGGUCUUUCUCCUGCUCCCAAACGAUCCGUGAUUCCCAAAUGGAGGACAGAGUCAGGCUGGGCUGGGAUCCAGGCACAGAACUGCUCCCCUGGUUCGGAAGCAGAGCCACGUGCAGCUGUACCCAGUGGGAGCAAGUGACUGUUCCAUGUGAGCCUCAAAGAUUCAGAGAGGAGAAGGGGGGGAGGGGGUGGCCAAUAGGAGGACGAGCUCAGACAGAAGGCAACAGUGCAGAUGUGGAUCUCGCCUGGCUGACCUCACUGCUGCUGAUGUUAUAUCGUUAUAUGUGCUCACCUUGUGACUGAGCACAAGGUGAUGUGUGGUGUCUGCAAGAAGCCAAUGUGCAAUGGAAAGUUCCUCUUGUACAGUUUGUGUAUAGUACCUUGUGUUUAGUUUAUUUUUAAAGGUCUCCUCUAUAAAAGCUUGCUUUUAAUCAUUGAUGAAAUUGUUGGGCUGUCAGUGAACAACAAGCAUCAGUGCAGGUCCGUGUUGUGGAGAUGUUUCUGGAUGGUGGGAUGGGGUGGAGGUAGCUGCUCAUCCCAGUGGGUUCCUGUGUGUUUGCUCAGCUCCCCUCCCCUAGUUCAACACUACACCACAUUCCUAGUGCUGACUGCCUUCAACACCCACCACAAUGGGGCGUGUUGCUGUUGUCGGUGCAGCUUUGAACUUCCUGCCAGUCGGGAAUUGUGAAGUUAUGUGGGAUGUAGGAUGGAGCAUUCGGGUGAGAUGUACCCACCCCUCCCACUCUGCCUCACCCUCAGGGUGUGGCUCUGCUCCCAGACACAGAUAUUGAUGGGAGGAGGGAAUCCCUUGUGGGAGAGGAAGCUGCAAAUGGAGUCUGUGUCCAACCCAGGGAUCUGUCCAGACCUCCCUGAUGGAGGCAAUUAUUUCUGGUUCCCUUUGCUUCGGGGAAAUAGUUUCAGGGGUGAUGCCUGUCCUAGUCAAAUAUCCAAAGCUAACCUGGUCUUGCAGGGAGAUGUGUGUGGGUCAUCUGUGGCCUGAUCCCUGGACUUGACCUUUUUAGGGAAGGCUUUUUGUUCAUUCCAAUCUGUCAGCCAUUUUCUCAACAGCAUCCUAACCACAAGUGAUUGGCCAAUGCCACCUCUCCCAUCAAUGUCAUUUCUCCACAGCAUAGCCUCCCCCCGCCUCAAACACAUCCCAAACCCCCCUCCUCCCAACCUCCAGACAUUCCUUCGAUCUGUUGACUGGGGUUUUGGCCACAAUCUUUGCUGUUUUUCUACAUUUUCUUGUUUGAAAUUUGUUCUGUGGAUUUUGUGUGUCAUCUUUCUCCAAGCAAAAUCUGCGUUGAGGGAUGUGGUUUGUGAUUUUCUUUGUUUAUUUUCACCUUUUGAGGGACCCGUUGAAUCUGUGACCAUCCAGCUCCCUGGGCCUUAGUACCUCAGUCCGCUCCAUAUACAGGGACUGACAGGUCCCUUUCUCCUUGCGGCAGCUUCAGAGUUGAGUUGUUUGCCCCCCUCUUGAAGAUGCUUGCUGAUCAGGUCAUGUGUCUAACAGUCACUGCCUUAUCAAACAGUCCUGGCUUGGCUUUAUCGUUGUUUUCAGAUCCUCAGCAGAGCACCAGGCUGUUCGGUCCAUCCUCUCACCUUUCACCCUCCUCUUGAGCCUUUCCCCUUUGGGUUUUUUUUUUGCAACCUUUAAGAACAUCCGGAGGAUUUCUCUGCAAUAGCCCGUGGGGAGCAGGCUCCGGAGCGUCAGCUGGGUCAGUUCCUCAUUGGGGUAUCCCUGCCUCUCUGAGCGCUGUCUAUACCAUCCCUCUCUUGCCCCACCCACCACCCCCACUGUCUCAAGCUUCUGUUUCCUGGAGAACUGCCUCCCCGCUCCCCCCCCC